AUGAACACGAAGAAGACGGGCUUUGUGCAUAAUACAUCUCCCAAUGCUGCCCACAAUGCACCCAAAAUAAACGCAAACGAAGCCCACCUGCAAGUCGUGGACAACUUCACCUGCCUGAACAGCACCCUCCUUCGCAACACCAAAACCGACGCGGAGGCUCAACUACUUCCACAUCACCUGUUUUCGGCGGAUAUUAAAACAGGGAUGGCAGGGCCGGAUCCCGGGCACGAACGGGAAUCCUCAGCAUCCACGCCAUGCCGAGACAAGUGUAACUGUGCUAGGGCCACCACCUCGUGCGGAUGGACGGCGACCGACGUCAAUCGCCGAUAUCAUCCGCCCAACCGCAACCCCUGCGCUGAUCACAGCGACCAGCUCCGUCAACACCACGCCAUCACGCACUCCUCCCAACGUUGGGAUGACGUCCGACGUCCCAUUACCUGUCACCAUUGCCACCAACAUCUCAGCACCCAGCGAUGUGGACUCGGUCAAUACCUAUCCUCAUUGCGACCGCACAUCCACCUCGCACACUUACGAAUUCAUCGUACGGACACUGGCGAACCAAUGCCUGGAGCACCAACACAUACACGCUGCAUUCACCUCGACUGCCGCCACUACCCCUGCACAUCCCGCCGCCGCAUGUACCUACUGCGCCACAUGCGCAUUCAUAAAAACCUGCGAGAGAUCAAUGCCGGCUAUACCGCACCAUCACAUCUUUCCCCAUCGCCUCCCACUGCAAGCACUCAAUUGACAUCUCUCACUUAA